UAUGCCAAAUGUUGCCCCUCCAAAGCUACCAGAGGGAGAUGGUAAAGUCGAUUUUGAUGACCUGCAUAGGAAGCGUCAAGAGAAGGACAUGGCUGAGCUGACCUCUCUGAUUGAGUCUCACUUUGUCCAGAGGAAGAAAGAUGAAGAUGAGCUCAUCAGUCUCGUCAACAGGAUCGAGAAGCGUCGUACCGAGAGGGCAGAGCAGCAGAGAAUUCGUGCUGAGCAAGAGAAAGAGAGACAGGCCCGUCUAGCCGAAGAGAAAGAGAGGCGGGAGCAAGAUGAACAGCGUAGGAAGCACGAUGAUGACGCUAAGAAGAAGAAGGCCCUCACUACCAUGACUCACACCUACGGUGGCAUCCAACAGAAGCAAGAGGGCAAGAAGGGAGCCAAGAAGCAGACGGAGAGAGAAAAGAAGAAGAAGAUUCUGGCUGACAGAAGGAAGGCUCUGAUCAUCGACCAUCUCAACGAGGACAAACUCAAGGAGAAGGCCAAUGAGCUGUGGCAGUGGAUGAUGGAGUUGGAGGCGGAGAAGUUUGACCUCAGCGAGAAACUGAAGAAGCAGAAAUACGACAUCAAUCAGCUUCUGGCCCGUGUCCAGGACCACCAGAGUGCCAAGGGCAGAGGCAAGGCCAAGGCGGUCAGGAGGUAAUGAGACCUGGCAGGAUGAAGUCUCCAGGACUGAGACGCCAGACGAUGAUGGAAGAUUGUUUUGUUGUUCUUCUUGUUAUCAGUGCACAUGCAAAUUACUAUGGAAAUGUGCUGUUGUCACGGUCACUGUUUGCUGUGCA